UGAGGUUCGUGAUCUUGAUGUAGAUCUGCAGUCUGAAGCCUAAUAUAUGUUUCUAUUUAAAUCCCACAGAAGGUAAGUGAUCUGUGAUCUGUGGUGUUAGAGGCGCAUCUGCGCGUUUGUGGCUCCAGGGUCACACCUUCUGCAGACAGCUGCGCAGCAGGAUGUACGGCGCUUCCCUACGGGCUGUGGGAGCUGCUCUCCGACCACAAGGAUAAGUGAGACAAAUUAGAAAAAGUGAGCAGCUAUAAGACUACUUCAAUAUCUUUAAUUGAGAGGAGACUUGACAGCUUUCAUAGGCUGUAAGUGUAAGCUCCUCCACUGGGCAUGCUCAAUCUGGUUUGAAACAGGAGCAGAGAGGCUCGGUGUGAAUAACAGGCAGUUUGGGCGUUUUUUUGAGGAGGCUCAUCGCCCUCUUCAUCCUCGAUUCUCCUUAUUUGGUCUGGUGUACAGAUCUGAGAAGAGGACCGUUCUCCCUUUGAUCUGACUGGGAUAUUUUUCAUCCUGAUCAUGCAUGAAUGACAGCGGUGAAGAUCUGCGCUCUGAUCUUAUCUGCUGAGACAAAGAGCGGCGGUGUGUAGCGGUGGCGUCGCCCAAAGAGCGCGGAGAGGGAGCGGGCUGAGCUGAGCGUGAAGGAGGUGAGUCUGGAGGCAGCUCCGCGUCUCCAUCAGACGCUGUCCGCUCAGCACCACCGCAGUCACCUUGCUGUGAAAGUCACGAACAACAGGCGACCUGCUGGAUUCAAUGACCCGAUCUGGAAACUGUUGUUGUUUGUGUUUUGUUUUUUUAUACGUGCACAUCUCUGAUCUGGGAGCAAUCUGACGUCCAUUCCUAAUGUGAUUCCAUUGGCUGCACUCAUUCUGUAUGUCGAUUCUAUACCUUCAGCAGAGCCUGGCAAUGUUAACAGUUUAAAAUCAGCCAGGUGCAUGUCAGGUGCUGGUAAGGAAUACACGGUAAUAGAGGGAAUACAUGUCAAACAACCCUGAUUUCCUCCCAACUGGCGACUGGUUGCUUUGUGCGUAAUUGCUGUGCGCCGUUAUAAAGGUACAUCUAGACUGACCUUUGCAAUGAGGGGAACUUAGUGGAGAAAUGCCUAAGGGACGAGAUGGGCCUGAGCGACGACAAGGAUCGCAUUGUGAUAAACGUAGGAGGGAUCAGACAUCAGACAUACCGCAGUACCCUGCGCACCCUACCUGGAACCCGCUUGUCCUGGCUGGCCGAGCCUGAUGCGCCCAACCACUUCGACUAUGACGCCAAGAUCGAGGAGUUCUUCUUCGACCGCCACCCGGGCGUUUUUGCACACAUCCUUAAUUACUACAGGACGGGUAAACUGCACUGCCCAGCCGACGUCUGCGGGCCGCUGUAUGAGGAGGAGCUGGCCUUCUGGGGCAUCGAUGAGACAGACGUGGAGCCAUGCUGCUGGAUGACCUAUCGACAGCACCGGGAGGCAGAGGAGGCCCUUGAUAGUUUCGGCGGAGGGGGUCUGUUAGACCUGGGGAGCGAGGAUCCGGAGCCAGAGCCGGAGCAUGAGGAUGAUGAUGAGAUGACGAGGAGGCUGGCGCAGGGGGAUUCACCUGAUGUGAGGAGUGGCAGCCUGUGGAGCCGCUGGCAGAAACGGGUCUGGGCUCUGUUCGAGGAUCCAUACUCUUCAAAAUAUGCCAGGUGGAUCGCUCUGGCCUCGCUUUUCUUCAUUCUGGUGUCUAUCACCACCUUCUGCCUGGAGACCCACGAAGCCUUCAACCCGAUUGUGAACCGCACCGAGACAGAAGUGCUGGACAAUGAAACGGUGGUGAGCACAUACCAGGAGACAGAGACGGCGGCCUACCUCACCUACAUCGAGGGUGUCUGCGUUGUGUGGUUCACUUUUGAGUUUCUGAUGCGAAUAACUUUCUGUCCUAACAAAUUUGACUUCAUUCGGAACGCGCUCAACAUCAUCGACUUUGUGGCCAUCCUGCCCUUCUACCUGGAGGUAAGCCUCAGCGGGCUGUCCUCCAAGGCAGCGAAAGACGUGCUGGGAUUCCUGAGAGUUGUCCGCUUUGUGCGGAUCCUGCGUAUCUUCAAGCUAACCCGUCACUUCGUGGGGCUGCGAGUUCUGGGUCACACUCUGAGGGCCAGCACCAACGAGUUCCUCCUCCUCAUUAUUUUCCUUGCUCUUGGCGUCCUCAUCUUUGCCACAAUGAUCUACUACGCAGAACGCAUUGGAGCCGACCCCAACGACCCGAGAGCCAGUGAGCAUACACAGUUCAAGAACAUCCCAAUUGGAUUCUGGUGGGCGGUGGUGACGAUGACGACCCUCGGCUACGGAGACAUGUACCCUCAGACGACCUUUGGCAUGCUGGUUGGAGCCCUGUGUGCCCUGGCAGGUGUGCUGACCAUCGCCAUGCCAGUACCAGUAAUUGUCAACAACUUUGGAAUGUACUACUCCCUGGCAAUGGCUAAACAGAAACUACCAAAGAAAAAAAACAGGCAUAUCCCCAGAGCGCCCCAACCAGGCUCCCCUAACUAUUGUAAGUCCAGCAUCAGCUCCCAGCAUCCAAGCCCUAUACCCCACGAUGAUGUGUUUGAGAUCAAAUUUCAAGAUUCCAAGCUGAACGGCGAAGCGGCUAACGCAGCACUGGCCAACGAAGACUGCCCGCACAUAGACCAGGCCAUUUCUCCGGAGGAGAUCUUCAGCCCCAGCGAGCGAGAGCGGCCCUGCUUCUUGGUCACCACGGCUGAACACCCCAACCACACGGGGGGCAGAGUGAGGAGGGGUUAUGAAAAGCCUUGGAGCCUUAACAGCAUGUCUGGCAUGAGCGGGGAUGCCUCUGGAGUGUCCUCAGUGUCCGCCCUGCCCUGCAGCCCACCCUGUCUAAUGCAGCACUCACAUUCUCCCAUCCCAUCCAUUAUGUAGCAUGGUUGCGUAGCAGACACAAUGCCAUUGGAAGGCCAGUCCACAAUUCUCCUUCUUAUCUCUCCUGUCAGACUUUGCUUUGACACUUUUUGCCUUCGCUCCUGAUUUUGUUUUCUUCUCAUUUUUGUUUGUUUUGGUUUUUCUUUUCCCUGGAACAAUGUAUCUUAACUGUGCUUAAACUUAAACUUCCCAAGUGAUACACUUGGGUGUGUCAUCAUAUCCUAAAGUAGUCAACAUUGGCACAUGCCACUCUGCAUGGGUCACCUGAGCUGCAGACGAAGCACUGUUCUACUGCAGGCUAACUCCUCUUUUUUUUCCUGUGUUGACAUCAUUGCCUGUUGCUCUGUUGCUUUUGAUCUCUCAUACUCUUCUGCUAAUAAGUUUGAUCUCAUUUGCUUUUUUUUGUUGUUGUUGAAUUUUGUAAAAAUAUAUAUAUUUUUUUCAUGAGAUGUAACCUCUGUUGAUAGUGUGCUGGAAAUUAACUCAUUGCUUUGAAACAUAUCCAAAAGCUGUUAAGGCAACUGUCAAGUGCUUUGUGUGUUGCAAAGUAGAGACGUUUUCAUGCAGAAGUGCAAUCCAGACAAGACUCCAUGUUAACUGAGUGGCCAUUAAAAAUAUACAUAUUUGAACGCAAUGUUCACAAUGUCCAAUGCAAUAUGGAGAUUAUGACAAUUCCUUUGAUGCCAGUGAUGGAUACAUUUAAUUUCAACAGAACUGAAACUGUUAAUUUGCAUGGACUGCAUGAUAAAUCAUGUUCAACCAGAAGCUAAUUGUAAUGCAGUAACUGUAAGAAAAAAAAAGAAUUUAAAAGCUUCCUAAGCUUCGUCAUUCUUAUGCAUUUCAAGACAGCUUUACAAGAGACUCAGUCAUAGCAGAGAUUUUUAUGUAGCCACCAUUCUUUGCCUUUCCCCAACUUUAUACAUUUAUUUUCCUUCUCAUUUGACCGGGGUCUCUAGCUAACACAGAGUUGUCUAACUUGAACAAAUUUGUCACAAAGCCAACAAAUGCUAUUUUAUAUGACAGUGUUUACUGGUAGUUUAGGGUUUUUAAACUCUGUAAAUACUCUUUAGCAACUUCUGCUACUGCUGUGCUGCUUGACCUGAUGCAGGACUCAUGAGAUAAACGGGCGCACCUCAAUAAAUUAAAUAGUUAUUUAUUUUAUUAACUGAAGCCAAAAAGUGAAACUCAUAUUAUAUAGACUAAUUGCAUCCAGAUGCAUAUAUUUCAAGCAUUUAUUUCUGGAAAAAAGACCAAUAAAAAAGAAAAUGUGAAGAAUGAGCCAUGUUUUGUCCUUCAUAAUUAUAAGGACUGCUUACAAGACAGUUGUCCAGUAGACAGACAUGUCGGGCAAAUAAGCCGACAGAGGUCUAACAAAAAAACUGGAUCUUCACAGAAGGUUGUGUAUUAGAAAAGUUGAAAGAAAAGAAAAUCUGUUUUCUUAAAUACCCAUUUAAAAGGGAUAUUUACAACAGACAGGGAUGACAGGGACGUGAAGUUUCAACAGACAGGGAUGACAGGGACGUAAAGUUUCAACAGACAGGGAUGAUUUGGGAGCCAUGUCAUCUGCUGGCUUUUAUAGAGUCCAAAGUGAGAGUAUUUUUCUACCAGGAACUUUUAGAGCCUCAUGCUACCUUCAGCUGACAAGCUUUAAAGAAGUGCAGAUUAAAUUUUCCGGCAGGACGUGGCACCUGUGGUGCUGGAUCUGUCAGAAAAUUCACUAGAUCUAAAUCUCACAAAGCAAAUCUUUUGCAAUUCCGGCCUAAAUUAAAUAUUGGGUUAUAUUUACCUGCUCGGCAAUAAAUUAAACAUUCGAUAUCCUAAUUUAAUGAACAAAUUAGUUUGAAUUUUAUAGAAAGUGAUCUGUUAAGCAUUGCAAUCCUAAAACAUAAGGAUCUUGCACAUUUUUGUCACAAAACAAAGUCAUUCAAUGUCACAAUUUGUGGUGUAAUAAAAAUAUUUUCGUCUAUUCUUAACAAUCAGAGCAUGAUAUGGGUCACUACUUUUGUAUUUGGUAAAAUACAUGGACGGUUUUUGAGUGAAGGCUGUUGGGGUUAGUUAUAGUGGUGAAUAAUACCAAUAAGAACCUACAGUGUAUUGGUGAGAGACACCUGGCCCAAUAUGCUACUAAAGCCAUCCUGGUUUCCUUAUUACCUCAGCAGUGGGUCGCCUCCAUGCCCCAAUGCGUUGAUGCAAACGUUCCUGCAAAAGGAACCAAAGUGUUAAGUGAGUAUUUUCACUAGACAGUUAUAAAAAUAAUUUUUUUUAUUGGUCUUUUUUGAUAUUCAGAUUUUCUAACAAACUUAAGCUUAGUUUUUUUAAUAGAUAUAAAUUGUAUUUCAUUAAAAGGACAUUAAAUAAAUGCUUUUAAAGAUAUAGUUCUGUGUGUAAUUAAUAUAUACAUACUGUAUAUUUCACUUUUUAAUUAAAUUUCUUAGAAGUAUUUAUUAAGAUGUGCCUGUAAAACAAUGGUGUUUUCAUAUCAAGUAAAGCAGAGAGAAAGUCAGUAAAAAUUGACAUCUUAUUAAACAAAUGUUCCCAGUGUAGCAUCAUUAUGCCACUUUAUUUCCUAAAUAGGCACUUUUAGCUCCACCCCGAUACUCUUAAUCAAAUUAAUGUCCUCUUUGGUUAUUGUUGUUACACACCAGUGAUAUUACAAUUUAACAUUCAGCACCAAGCAAAAGAAGAUAAGCUGGAAAAAGAGAUGAAGGAAAAAAUGAUUUUAUACUUCUCAUAUCUUGUUGUAUAUUAAAGCACAAAAAUAAAAGGGGACCAAGCAACUCUACAGAGCCAAAAUGUCUCAAGUUACAAUCAGAUAUCACAAGGAAUCCUGCUGUGUGUUUGUCUACUGAUCAAUACUCCUACAUGUAUUGAUACCGUCCCAACAUUUAUGCACAAGUCUUUUCAGGGCACUUUAUUAAAUUCUAUGUAGAGCAAUCAGUAAUGUUUAUUUCUGUAAGAAAAAAGAAGCUAAGGUAAUUGUAAGAAGUCAUCCAACUUUUGUUUCUAUUCUGAAUUGAGCAUUGUUUCACAUUUCGAGUCAUGUCUCUUGUGGUAAUUGAUGAACGUUCUAUGCUUAAAAAAAAUAUUUGUGUAGAUUUGAUGUGAAGAGAUGCAGGUGAAUUUUAUGGUCAUGCAAUUCAAAUGCAGGGUAGGGGGAAACAUGAUGUGGGU